AUGGAGCUACAGCUAGUGAACGGCAUGGUGCUGAAAGUGCAGCUUGAGGAGAUGGCGGGCGGCGUGGGCGAGCGCGUGGCGGCGUUGGAGGCGAAGCUGAGGGAGCAGGGCGACGCCAUGGCUGCCAUGCAGCGCGACAUGGCCGAAACGAGCCGCGCCAUGGCCCUCCUCAAGGGCAUGGCGGCGACGGGCGCGUUGGGGGAGAAGAUUGCGGGGGAAGGGGCGGGAAACGGGAGUGCGUCGGGGGAGGCAGCGGAGGGCAUUGGCGCGGAACCGCGGAAAAAUAUUUUCGCUGCGUUGGAAGUGGAGGAGGUGAAGGCGCGGGUGGAAACGAUGAGGGCGGAAGCGCGGGACGUGGCGAGUGAGUUGCGCGGGGAGAUGGGCGCUCUUAAGGCGGAGAUUGCGCGGAUGAGGGCUGCUGCGGAGCGGCAGGCGGCGGAGGUGGCGUACGUGAAGGCGACGGAGGCGCACUCGGAGGCGCGCAUCAACGACGUCGAGCUGGCGCUCGCCGCCAUCAAGGACGGGCAGGCGGAGAAGAGCCGCGAGGGGCGCAACGAGGGCAGCGGGGGGGAGGGUGAAGGGACUGAGAGGCGCGAGGGGAAGAGGCGGAAGAGGGAGGAGGUGGGGGAAAAGGUGGGAGUGAUUGCGGCUGGUGGUGCUCCUGAAGGAAAGCGGGAUGCAGAGGAACGGGAGGGCGAAGCGCAAGGGGUUGGGAACGGUGCAGCGUGCGACACGAAGGCUGAGCUGAAGGGGCUGAGGGAGCGAGUCGAAGCGCUGGAGGCAGUGAGCGCCGUCGGAGGCAAGACGUGGGAGGUGAGCGCCCCGGAUGGUCGUUCGUUUUUCCUUUUCCAUCUCAGGACUUCUUGCUCGUGGGUGACCGAUUCUAGCAUGAAGCGCCUGAGGAAUAUGAAGCGCCUGGAGAAGCUGGGGAUUUGGGAUGCUACUAUCACUGCUGCUGGCAUUAAAUGGCUCAAGGGCCUGAAGUGGCUUCAAACAAUUGGAACAGACGCUGAAGACGUUGCAGAGCUGAUCAGGGACAUCUUUCCUGGAAUGAUUGUGACACCAGGCCCUCUCGAAUAG